UGUUGUAAGUAGUUGUAUACUGUAGUUGUAGUAGUUUGUGAUGGCAAUAAUAUCAUUAUCAAUAAAAUUAUCAUUUAUCACAAAAGCUUACUAAAAAAAAAAAUCAACGAGCUCAACCGACUAAAAAACACUAAUACAACUGCGGUUCGCCGGGAGGCCCGGGAAUGGGUAGAUUAUUUUGCGUUCUAAGAAUGUUUUUAUUGCUCUUCACGUCGUCGUUCCCUGAUAAUGACGAUUGUUUCGAGUCCACCGAACGUGCGCGCCAAUUAAAACGACCAAUAAUUACAUCAACGUCCAAUUACGCGUAGACUGCUGCAGCCGCAGAGCUAUGGAAUAUUAAUAUCCCCUUUAUCUAAUAAUAAUAACAUAUUAUUAUUGUAUUAUUAGUAAUUAUCUGUGAUAAAAAUCUAGCCGCAGCUGAUUUCUCAAUAAAUUUUGAAUGUACGAAAUAGUUGAUAAUAAUAUAUUUUGUUACUCGAGUGACGAGUAGUGCCGUUGUGGGCCCUACGCCUACCUACCUAUCGAGGGGACGUUGCGAAACGAUGGACAAUACUCAAAAUACUAAGUUGAACUUCCGUCAUUGAACAUUCUGCUGUUGAAUUGGAAACCCCGCUUCGAAUGACACAACAGCCCGGCAGGACGUGUCUGUUGGACGACAAGAGCACAAAAUACUAUCUUUAGAUUUAUUGAUGUUCAAUGAUCAACGUCUAUAGUAUGGACGAUGAAACAGAUCUCGGUGAGUCGUUGGCUUCAAACCAAGAUUGUUCGCCAAACAGUUCAUCUAGUUUGUCCAAAUCCGAUGUGAUGUCUGGGAAUCAGAUGAUUGAUAACUGGUUGGGUCUAAGUGUACAUUGCACUACCUCUAUUGAAGAUUUUUGUGAUGGAGAUUUGGAGCAACCAGACACAGAUCCAUCACCAUCCAAUUCUGGACUGUCUUAUGAUUUAACAGCAUUUCCGAAAACAACAUCAGCAAUGACUAUGUUUUAUCCACACUUAAAUGGUUAUGACAUUCACCCAUUGCUUUUAAACCAAAGACGACGAAAUCAAAUGGAAUCGUCAUUUAUAGAUCCAUUAAAUUUACCACCACAUCCUCUUAUGCCUGAUGUUCCACGUCAAAUGAUUCAUAAAAAUAAGGUACGUCCAAAAGUAUCUCACAGGCGAUCAGAUUUUACAAAUGCCCAGUCAUCAGAUUUUGAACAACCUUUAAUCGUCGAUACAGAAAAAUAUCAUCGCAAAUCGUUUUAUUGUGUGGCAUGUAGUAAAACGUUUAAAUUCCAAACAUCGUUGUUGCGACACAAUAACAAAGUGCACAUUAGUAAGUACCAGUGUCAAUCUUGCCAUCGUGUAUUUUCAAGGCAGGCAUAUCUUGACGUGCACACAUCUAAACAGGGAAGUUCAUGUUACCUGGGUAAUGAAUAUGGCAUUGCAAAGUCAAAAAAAUAAUUGUUUUCUUAAAGGAAAAAGUUAUAAAGUUUUUUAACCAAAUAUAAUAUAAUACUUAUAUAUUUAUUUUACAUAUACAAUACUUAUAGGGUAGAAUAAGUUCAAAUCUUCACUUGUGAAGUGUGGCUCAGAAAUAAAAUAAAAAUUUCUUAUGAGUUCACUGUUUAUUGUUUGUUAUAUUUAUUGUUUAUAGUUUAUAUUUAUUUAAAGAUUACAUAAUAAUCAUGAAAUAUUUAUUCUAGUCAGAGAACAGUCCAUUCUAGUCUGUUCAGUAGUUCAUCCAUAUUAGAAUUAAAACAUUAAUUACCAUUUGUCAUUACUCUGGGAAUAAUUGUACAUCAAGAAAAAUAAUUUUUAGUCUAAAAUGUAUAACAUAAAACAUAAUGUAUGUUUCAAUUAUUAAUUAACAUAUUUAUACAUUUUAUAAAAAAUUAAAUGUAUAAUUCAUUAAAUUGUACUCUAUAUUGAAUGUUUCAAAACAUGUUGUAUUGCAAUAUUUGUAAGAUUCUGAUUAUACUAUACAGAAGUUUA